CAUUCUUGAGAACACCGAAAGUCUCCCUAUCGGACGGUCAGUUUCGGCAACCGCUCACCGUAGCAACGACUCUACAAAAGCUCCAGGAUUACAGCCCGGCCCUUCUAACUAAGUCCAAUGAAACCUCUGGUGGGUCCUGGUUUGGCCUGGUUCUGUACCGGCAUUUCUGCUAUUGGAAUCCUUUUUCUUCUGGUUUUGUCCUAUCUGUUCGCCAACGGGGCAGAAACAUUAAUUCAUGACUUGGAAGGAUCAGAUUUGACUGGUAAACAAGUUGCCAAGACCUGUUUGGGUGCUGUUGGUAUUUAUGUGAUCACCUUUUUGUUUUGUGGCUCUCAAGUUUUGUCUCACAGAAAUCAAAGACCCAUCCACAUCUAGUAUACAAUAUUCGCACAUCUACUACCUCAUCGGCUCUCUCUCUCUCUCUCUCUCUCUUCUAUGAACAUCUUUUCAACAUAAUGCACAGUGUACAUUCACAUCGUACUGCUCAGUUUCCAUUAUCCGCGCCCGUCUUGUUCGUAGUUUAAUCUGAUUCUUUUGAGAGAAUAAACGGUAUGAAUACAUAAAUUUUACAAGAGAGAAAAUUAACGAGGCCUGCCCCCCC